AUGGAUCUGAACGACCCAACAACACAAUUGGAAGAGGAGCUGGACUCCGAGAUAUCCUCCAUUCGCCGCGAAAUCCGCAAGCUCCAGAGACGCCGUCGUUUCCUCGCAUCCAGCGUGCUCUCCUCCGAAGCGCUCCAGAAGCGCCUGAAGCCACAACAAGCCUCCGCUCCUAUACUUUCUACUUUGAACGAAGAUAUUUCGCCGCUCGUCCGCGCUGCAGGCUCUCACGCCCAAUCAAACCACCACCGCAUCGCUUUCUCCACAACUACAUUCCCAUUCAAAGACCCGUCACCGGUAGUUGAUGGCGAGAGCGCAAAAGACGCGAAAAAUUUACUAGGUGUUCGCAUUGAUAUCUGCGUGCGGAAUGGUCGCUUCACGAAACCAUAUUACAUCCUCCUGCGCAAGGUGCGCGUGCCCGCUGAAGACGCGGAGAAGGAUCCAGCGGAUAUAAGGCUCAAGGUUCAUCGACAUACAAUACCUGCAUUCAUACCAGUCGAGCGGCUAGAACGGAUAUUACUAUCUGGUCACCCGCGUGGACCGGGUGACGGCGACGAGAACGGCGAUGACAGUAUAGAACAGCUAAAGAAGAAACCGACUUCGCCAGUGCGCAAACAGAAUCUCCAGUUAUUCGUCCGUGAAGUGAGACGGCAACUUGUGGCGUGGCAUAUGCGGCUGGAUGCCAUCUACUUUAUUCGUGGACAGAUAGGUAUUAUCCAGCGGGGUGUUGACUCUUAUCCAGAUGACGAGGAUGGGCCGUGGGAUCGGGAUGUCCUUAUUGAUGUGGGAUUUGAUUCUGGUGUUGGGGAGACGAGGCUGAAGAAGAAUGAAUUCGGGAUUGCGUCGUUUUCGCCGACGGCGUUGGAGGCGGCAUACGUCAGGGUAGAAUGGGAGGAUGGCCGGGUAGGACGGUUCAAGAUUUCCGACUCCGGGAAGGUUGAGCGGGCGGUUGUUAUUGGGGACAAGGGAAGAGACAAAGUUCUGGAAGCUGCGCUUACAGGGGGGGAUAGGAACGUGCUCACUGUGUUAGAUCGGUUAAGGGAUGCAGCUCAUGAACGACGUGACGAUGCGAUGUCGAACAGGUAG